AACUAGUGUUUUGGAGGCGUAACUGCAGAGGGACACAGACACACCACCACGCGGACCCAAGUGCGUCAUGCCAUACACUGCCACCACUGGCCGGGUGUUGUCCAUCAAAACCAAGAUGGCCGACGGAAAGCAAGAAAUGCUGUCCCCCUCAAGAAUAGCGGGAACUGCCCACUGGUCCGACAACAUCCCAUUGUUCUGACCAUAUUAAAUCCAUUGUUCUGAAGUCCCAUUGUUCCGAAAUCAUCAUGAUGCCCUGUGGUUAAGGUCUGGUUAGGUUUAGGCACAAAAAUCACUUGGUUAGGGUCAGGAAAAGAUCAUGGUGUGGGUUAAAAUGAAAAAGAAAGUGGCAAUCACAUAUCGGAACAACGGGAUGUCGGACCAAUGACAUGGACCCAGAAUAUCUUGUCAUUCCUGUUACCCUGGCAGGUAAAUAAAAUCUAGAAAAAUCAAGUAACAUCAAGAAGUAAUAAUGUUGUUACAUUUUUGAAAUAUUGUUUAUAUGUUGUGAGGAAAUUGCAAUUAAUCAUCUUUCCAUUAAGGUAUAGAGGGGAGGAGUAGAAAAAGAGGGGAGAAGCUGAGGAGUCAGGAAAGUUCAGCGCUUUUGCGUGGCAUUGAACAGUGUUAGAAUUUGUUGAAAACAUGUGAACAUACUAGUUUAACAGCAUCAAAAUAUAUGUUUAUAGUAUCACAUGAUAUAGAUCAUUUUUUGAUUGGUUCAUAUAUUUUUAGUUUAAAAAUUAAACACAUGCUGUCCACCCAAGUGGAUAUGAAAAACUACUUGAGAAAUGCAUGUUUAAAAAAAUGAACUUCAGAAUUUUUUUUAUGUCUAAAGAGGAAUAAAAAACAUCUGAGGUGGUAAUACUUCAUGCAUGAAAAUUGAUUUAAAGGGGUUUAAAGACAAGCACAUAGAAAUAAAGAAAAAGACUAGACAGAAAAAAAACUAAUAAAGAAAGAAGACAGACAAAAAUACCAGAAUCAUUCCCAGUCAUUUCCUUUAAAAGGUUUAAUGUUCACUUUUAUGUAAAAAUUUGACUCCACAGUUGUACCUACAUUGGUUUACAUAACAAUGAACAAAGUGUUAAAAGUAAAGGUGAGUUAAUUGAUUCAGGGGAUGGGGUCAAAUUUGUCCUAUGUGACAUUGAAAAGCAAUACAAGUUUUAAGUUGUAGGUAGCUUAACAUUCACUCAACUAACCAAAUUUACAAAGACAGUACUGUCUGCUAAGACUGUUUCAUAAGAGAGGAGUAAAUUAUCUUUACUACAAGAGAUAAAAAGUCUGAUAAAGUCAGUAAACUGGAGGCUCCGUCAUACCUGCGCAGGUUGUACCCAACAUUAUGGGAUUAUUACAAAAUAAAGUCAUAAAAAAGCAAUGAAGUGAAAUUAGGGAGCCAAGUUGCUACGGGUGUCUGUGUGGGAACUUUUGGGCACCUCUCCAACUCCUCCUCCUCCUCCUCCUCCUCCCUGCCUUCCUCCCCCCAUAUCUUCAGUUUGCGGGCUCAGUUGUGUUGCAGAGCACCAUCAGGGUGUCUGCAGGCAGCAGCAGCAGAAAAUCUUUCUUUGUUUAUUUUUUUAAUUUUAAUUUACCUCCUGUUUGUGUGUCUGCCCAAACAGCUGAGCCGUGAAGUGGUGACAGAGGAGCAGAGAGCGACUGGAAGCUGAUUGCUUGAGUAAGAAGAGGAAGAAGAAGCAAACCAAAAGAGAAGAAGGUCCUUUAAGUUUCAUGAAGAUCUCGACUGCAGCUGUGACGAAACAAGCCCAGCCAAUGAAAACGUGUCGUAUAUUUAGAGACAAAAGGAGAACAUUGAGUAGAGGAACUGUGACCUCCAGAAACCCUUGUAACAGUAAGCAUAGACACUUAUGUCAUUCUGCUUUGUGAUUGGCUGGAGCAAUGGCACUCACCAAGAAGGAGAAGCACGAGGGAGGCAGGAGAGCGUCUGGGGUCACGACCCCGCCAGAAGGUGGCUGGGGUUGGAUGAUCGUCGCUGGGUGUUUCCUCGCCACCAUCUGCAUCCGGGCAGUGACAAGAGGAAGGAAGAACCCUGAAAACAUGAUGUGUUGGCCUGGAACAACAUCAGACACUGAGAUCCUUUGGUGUUCCUGCAGAUGUGUGUCCAUGUUCUUUGUGGAGUUCCAGCUGCACUUUGAGAAGGAUUAUUCCACCACCGCCUGGAUCCACAGUCUCAUCGACUCCACCACCAUGCUCUGUGCUCCUCUGGGUGGUUUUCUUGGGAACCAUCUGUCCUGCAGAGCCACAGUGAUGCUGGGAGGUCUGCUGUCCUCUGCUGGUCUGAUCCUCAGCUCCUUCGCUAACAGUCUGGAAUAUCUGUACAUCUCCCUGGGCCUCCUCACAGGUCUUGGCUUUGCUCUCAGCUACACACCAGCUAUAGCGAUGGUUGGGAGGUACUUCAAUGAGAGGAAAGCCCUGGCCUAUGGCAUCGCCAUGUCUGGGAGCGGCAUCGGGACGUUCAUCCUGGCUCCUGCAGUCCAGCUGCUCAUAGAGCGUUACUCCUGGAGAGGAGCUCUGCUCAUCCUGGGAGGGUUUGUUUCCAACCUGUGUGUCUGUGGUGCUCUGAUGAGGCCGCUGGAACCAAGGAGAAGUGAAAGGAUAUGGGAGAACCAUAUGGCAAACCUGGAGACAGACUGCAUGACAACAGCGCUGGAUUCAAAUGACUCUGAGCAAGUGCCAACUGAUUGCAGCCAAGUGGAGGCGAAGCAGCUAGAUAGCAACAACUUAAUUGAUACUCAAAGGUUGCUCAUAGCCAACGGAGCAUUCAGAAACUUUGGACUUGAAAACAACAAACUCACAGAGGGGGGCAUAGUGCUGAUACCAAGCUUGAGCCCGCCUGAUCCGAGUUUAACAGAUCUGAAGAUAGCUGAGUGUAUUUUAUUUAGCAACAAGCUAACAGAGACAGUGCUAGGGGAGAUCUCAGGUCAUAAAGUAGCAAAUGGUAGCCCAAUGGAGGACUUGAAAUUGGUGGAAAGCAUGAACUUGAACAACAAGGCAGCUAAGGUAGAAGACUUAAAACUCACUGAAGUCAAACCAACAGAUACCUACCACUUAGAUAAAACCAUUAGCCUUCCUCCAGAGGCUUUAGUGAGCACACAGACUUCGUCCAGAGGUCACGGUUUCUGUCUCAAGUCCAGGGAAGAGUUUGGAUUCCUCUCGAUACCCAACUUCCUGAUUCUGUCUGUGUCCUUCCUGUUCCUGGCUUAUGGCUGCAGCGCUCCAGUAGUUUACCUGGUCCCUUACGCCCUCAGCAUGGGGCUGGAGCACCAGCAGGCCGCCUUCCUCAUGUCCAUGUUUGGAGUCAGCGGGAUUGUGGGUAACAUCACCUUUGGAUGGAUCACAGACAGGAAGUAUCUGAAGAGGUAUCGCCUGCUGAGCUACAUGAUGGCGAUCGGCAUGGAGGGGCUCUGCUGUAUGUUCGUCCACCUCCUUCACUCCUUCUCCCUCCUUGUCCCAUUUUCCGUUCUCUACGGGUACUUUGACGGGGCGUACGUGGCGCUCAUUCCAGUGGUGACCUCUGAUGUCGUGGGCUCCACCUACCUGACCUCUGCUCUGGGUGCGGUCUACUUCCUGCAUGCCAUCCCCUACCUGAUCAGCCCACCAAUAGGAGGUUGGUUGGUAGACAGGACGGGAAACUACGCAGCAACCUUCUUCCUCAGCGGGGCUUCCUUCAUGCUCAGCUCUGCGGUGCUGUCAGCUGCCUUGUUAGUCAGACGCUGCCAGAGGUUUAAAUCUGCUGCACGUUUCAAUCCCAAUCACACUACUGCUGCGGCUCAGCAGGACAUCAUAUGACAAUGCUAAUCAAGAUGCUGCUCCUCCAUCUGCGCGGAUGUGCACCUCACCACUGCUGGUGUGAUCAGGUGCUACUUUGAUGUGCAUCAUACCUGAACCUGUGCCUUUUUUAAAGAAACAAUGUGACUUUGAGACAAACAGAUUAUGUUAUAAUAAUAUUUUUUCGAUGAGAGUUUUCUGUUUGUUUAAUGCUGAUAUUUUGUUUUGUAAAACCAAAGAGCAUUCCUUAUCAAAGCCAAAAAUUGCAAGCAGGUUGUCAUUAACAUUGCUAUAAUGAGUAUUUGCCAAAAUUAUCCAUUUUGCCAGUUGAUUAUGAUUAAUAUUUUAUUACCACGCAUUAGGCUACCCUAUGUGGGAAAGCACCAGGCUCCAAGACAAGUGUAAACAUUUUAAAAAAGUGCUUUAAAAGACUGAAAAAAAACCCGUUCCUUUGUCUGUAAUUUUGCUUUUGAAAACAAGAUUUUCUGUGUAGUAUUAUCACAAACUGUUUUGUGCAAUAUCCAAAGAUACGUACCCUCACUCUACAAAUGGCUACAUCGCUCUGCCGUACAUUUACAGGCUUCCCACAUCACUGUGGUACAUUUUUUUACAGAGUAAAAAUUUACAGUGUCAUUAUGUAAAAAGUAAUCUAAAUCUGAAUCUAUUAGAGAAUAAUAAUAAUUUCAAAAACAAGAGUUUACAGGCAGACAGACAUGGUGCCGGUUCCCUCAUACUUGGAAAGCUGGAUAAAAUAAAAUAAAGUGUGGACUGGUGCUUAUAUUCAGCCAUUUCUGUGUAACUUGUAAGAAGAAUUCUGAAAAGUGGUGCUACAUGCUACAGCGACUGCAAAUGGGUGUACCUUGAAUUAGAUAUCACCCAGCUGGCAUUCUAAUGUUUAUUCACUGUUGAAUCAAUGGUUGAACUACUGUUGAAUUAUGGUUUGAUUGUGAAAGAUGAAUCAGCGUUGAUUUCGCAAUGCUGUUUCAGUGUUGUUUCAUGAACUUGAAAUUUGGUUUCAAAAUUGUUUCAGCGUUGAAACAGAUCUUCAACGUUGAAGGCCAGUCGUGUGCCAGCUAGGUAGAGCAACUUUAGAAGAAUUAGAGAAAUAAUAGUGCUCGUGAGUCUUUGAUUUUAUUAAGAAGAACAUGAGCAUUUGUGUCAGACUGUGUGCUUUCCUACAGCAAACCAUCAACUUCUUUGUCCAUGGAAACCACAUUAAAAAUAUCACUCAAGCGUAUCAAAGUCAUGAGUGAUGGUUGUGUUUGGUGAGUGCUGAGAACAUAAAUAUGAUAGUGUUGUUAAAUAAAUAAAAUGUAUAUUCAUUUAA